AUGGAGGAGGCUGACCUGCUGAAGGAGAGGCUCCAGGCGAUCACAGACAAAAGAAGAAUCCAAGAGGACAUUGCCAAGAAAAGGAGAAAGAUCGAAGAGGAGAAAUUGAAAUUCCAGUACAUAAAGAAGAAAGCCCUGAGGGAGCAGUGGCUGAUGGAUGGCCUGAGUCAGCAGUCAGAGCAAGAACAGGAGGUCAUGAGGCUUCAGGCUCAGAAUGAACAGCAGCAGAGUGAUCAGCUGCAGAGCAACAUCCUCAGAAUACAGAAGGAGAUUAAGACCUUGGAAGCACAGGAGCUCAGUAUCUCUGCCAAUGAAGAAGUUGUUCUGAAGCGGUUAAAAGAGGUGGAGAGGACCGCUGAAGACAUUAUCAAGGAGCUAAAUGCAGAGUUCCAGGCAGAUGUGACACAUCAUGUCCCCACUCCACAUCCAGAUAUGCCAUCAUUCAUCCCACUAACACCAGCAAAAACACCUCCUAUAUGUAAGCCUGGUAGUGAAGAACCAAAGAAAGCUACAUUUGCAAUGGAGAUCAGUGUAGAGCAUGAUAAGAGAACAGGCAAAAGUCAGGUGGUCUCUACAGCAUACAUCACCCCAGAAACAAUCCAAGGGAGGGGGUUAAAAGUGUACGAUGAUGGGCACAAGUCUGUAUAUGCACUGCAUCCAGACAGAGGCAAAAUGCACUAUAAAGCAGGAGAGAUGACACCCACAGAGGUAGAAGAGCUUCUACUUCAGGCCACAGAUAAGAACGUGCCCACCGAAGUGCAAUACCAUCAGCCUGUCUACUCUGUACCCUAUACAGGGAGCAGCAGGCCUUCAACACCCAGGACACCAAAUAAAACACAGAGGCAAACCCCAACAGCCAGCCCUAGCCCCUUCGGAAGUGCAAUCUCAUCCAGAAAUACAGCUCAAAUCCUCAGAGAGGAAAACCAGCAAAGACGAGACUUGGAGGAAUUGAAAACUAAGAGCAAAACACCUAGCCAUAGCCACUCCAUAUCAAGAGUCCAAAAAUCUGGAGAAGAAAUGAAGCUGCCCUAUUUCCACAUUCCAGGACAAUCAAAGACUGACAAGGAUAUGAUUCCACAGCCUGACUUUGGUGCCAGAACUCCACAAGGGCUCACCAAUAGUACAACAGAUAUGAGCAGCCCAAAACUAGCAUCUCUGGUCUCAGUUAAAGCCAGGUCUGAAGGAAUUCCAGCACCCAUACAACCAGUGUAUAGGGUUGUAGAUAGCCAAAGUCCUCCACUGGCUAGUCACAGGUCUGAAGUUGAUCCUGAUACCUUGAUAGAGAGCUCAGGUGAUUUUAACAACCACUCACCCUUCUGUGCAGAGAGUAUCACUUCUCUGAACCUUGUCAACACCCUGCAAGACCAACCAGAAUCAGAACCUGUCACCAUGAUCUUCAUGGGCUAUGAGAACGCUGAGGACGAGAAGGAAGAAGACAUGAAGGCGGAACUGGUCAUCAUACCUAACAGUGAGGAUGAUGAUGAUGACGAGGCCCAAUAUGUUAAAAAGGAAAGUGACAGGGAGGAGUGUCUCUCAUACCACCCAGAGGGGUACAAGAGCAUAGUCUUCCAACCUAAAGUGGGUCUAGCCAAGGUUACAGGCCGCAGAAGAUCAAGCUCUGCUCAUCAGAAAGAUAAGACAGAAUUUCAGCCAUUGCCAAGAAAGUGGGUGACUGAAGAAAGAAUGAAGGAAUAG